AUUUCACCAAACGCGACUUGACUAACUUGAGCCUUUACAUCUCCGCGCAACUUAACCAACAUUCUUGUCGGUCCUUGUUAAACACCUUCUCUACGAAAAUCAAUCUACUUUCUCCCACCACUUUCUCUGCAUCAACCACAUCUACACAACCCUUCUCUUUGGCCAGAAUCGGUCAGUCGGUCGCAAACAUGAGCCCCUCACUCAUGCUAGACAAUGAGUCCGAUUUCAAUCCGAUCGCAGCAACAACACCAAACACCACCAGAACCCUCCUCCUCGCCCCUCCCUCCAUCUCCAGUCAUGAAGAAACCCUCAAGAAUGUCCUCGCCACCCACGACCGAUCUUCCACUGACUUGCAGAUGCUAGAUCGUCUUUCUGCUGGUUUUGUCACCCUCCCCUAUUCCACCUACGAUCUCAUCCUAAUCCUCACCGACGCUGAUGGUACACGCACCGAAUCCUCCCAAUUACUCGGUCGCGAUGUCUUUACCCGCAUUGUCAGCGCCAUGAAGACUGGUGGAAAAUUGGAGGCACAAGAUGGAACAUUUGGACAGCAAGUUGGAGGUGACGAGCACCGUGAAUCCAUUCUUGCGGGAUUGGUUGCGGAGGGUGGUGGAAUGGUUAAGCCAGACUAUAGCGCAAGUGUGGCCAUGCCAUUGAAGCUACGUAGAAAGGAGAAGGUUGUUCCGACUGCUGCUCCAGCUCCUGCUGUAUCGGUUCCUGUUACACAAGUGGAGGUUAAGCCUGCUGGAGUGGGAUUCGUUGAUUUUAGCGAUGAUUUUGAUGAUCCUAUGAUUACUGGAGAGGACGAUGAUGAUGAUGAGCUUAUUGAUGAGGAUACUCUUCUUACUGAGGAGGAUCUCAAGAGACCUGCCCAGAUUCGUAAGUCCCUUCCACCCCCAUUUUCAGGACCCUACUAAUAUAUAAACCCAGCCCCAGAGUGUGUUCCUCGAGUUGGCAAGCGCCGUCGAGCAUGCAAGGACUGCACAUGUGGUCUCGCACAAAAGCUCCAAGCUGAAGACGCAGCCAAGCGAGCCUCCGCCGACGAAGCCCUCAAGACUCUCAAGCUAGGAUCCGAUGAUCUCGCCGAGGUAGAUUUCACCAUCCAAGGCAAGGUUGGCUCUUGUGGUAAUUGCAGUUUGGGAGAUGCCUUCCGUUGUGAUGGAUGUCCAUACAUUGGAAUGCCAGCUUUCAAGCCGGGUGAGGAGGUACGAUUGCUCAAUAAUGAUGUGCAAUUGUAAAGAGUCAUGUCAUGGUAUUUGGGCAAUUCUAUUCUCUUCUCUUCUCUUCUUUUUUCUGCGAAACAUUUGGGCAUGGGAGGGAGCUUUUUGUGAUGGCGUCUAUGGAAGAUUGGAUGGAGUACCAACGUACAUGGAUGGAUAGAUAUGGAUACCUAGGCUUUGAUUUGUCGCUUAAUGAUGCUGUUGGUUGGGUUGUUUUUUUCUGUUAAUGAAGGGAUUCACGAACAUAUUUGAGCGGAAUGGGAAUGGAUACGCAGAACAGAAAAGGAAUAAAUACAUUUACUUGCGAGUAUUACGUUUUCCCCUUCCCAGGCGUUUGUUGAGCCAUCUACGAUAUAUAUUUAC